AUGUCGUCCUCCACUCCUGCUAGUACUACGGACCUUCUCUCAUCUCUUCUUCACAAGCCCCUCCGAAUUACACUCACUGAUGGUCGUGAGAUCACCGGACGUCUCUACUGUAUAGACGACAAGAAGAACAUAGUAUUACGGAACGCUGUAGAAAGGAGGAAGGGAAACGAAGUGACGCCUCUCACGAUUGGUCUGAAGUCGUCGUCCACUCGUAGUAUUGGCAUGGUGAUGAUCCCAGGGAAGGACGCAGUGAAGAUUGAGGGCUUGAAGAAGGAUAUCUCCCAAUGA